CACAUACAAUGUGAUAGCGUAUUAUGAACAUAUAUUCCUAUCUUUAAAAGUGAGCUGGUACAUAAUUGUUCCUGGGUCCACUCCUUCCCUAUCAACACCCUUCGCGUUAUACUUCGACUUGCGCCAUGAGCAAGAAGAACAACAAGUCGACAAAGCGGAAAGCCCACGAAUUUGACCUUCAACGUGAAAAGGCGGAAGCCGAUGAGCGAGCCAAGAAGCUUGCGAAAAAGCAGAAUGCCGGCGUUCAGAAAGUAAAAAAGAACAAGGGCGUUCGGAUCCGCAAGGGAGUGGUUGUCAAGGGCAUCAAAGUCGUUGACGCGGAGACGAAGAGCAAGGUCAAGUCCGUGCUCGCCAAGGCCGCAAGGGCGAAGGCGAAGGCCCGGAUGGAUGUCGAUGACGCGGCGGCGCCUCGCGUAAAGCGCACCAAGAAGACUUCAGGCAACUCCAAGAAGGCCGCUGGGAAGGACAUGAUGGAUACGCAGUAGGCGGAUUGCGGCCACUUGCUUGGCCGUGUCCAUUGGAGCCUGGGGAGAUGGGUUUCGUGGGCGCACGCAGCGUGGAAAUACAGAGUCAGGCCAAGGGGGCUCUCCGCUUAGGAGGGAGAUCCUGAAAUGUUUCCUAAGAGGAGGAUGGAUUGCAGCCUGCAGGGUUUUGGUGGGUUAAGGGGCCAAGUUGGUACGGGGCCAACGUAGCUACCGUGUGCUAGAAGUUUAGCUUUUACCGGCCUCCGCAGUGCCCUCCUAAAUGUCAUUCUUGUUGCCGGGCCGAUGUUUGUCGUGCAUAUGGCUAGCGAUGAGGCGGCAGCUCCUGUAAGAUGAACUCUUCACACGUGUGGCUGACUUUACGGUGACAUGCUUGGUAUCAAGUUUAGUUAGUUACCCGGGUUAUUAGGGUUGGGCUGAUGAGGGAGAAUCUGACGUUUUGGUGCUGUAAGAACUGAUAUGGAACGUGUAAAGUACGACAGGUUGGUGGUGGGUGGUUCGUAUCUGUGGGAGUUGGUGGUCGGGUGUGGGACGUGUUGUGCUGUAUGGCUCGUAGGUGGUGUGUGGCCCUGGGUUUGAAGGUGUGCACGGCAAGGCUGCACAAGCGAUGUUGUGCAGAUACCUGUACGGUACUGUGGGUUGUGUAGCGAAUCACCAUGCGCCGGUGUGCAGUUUCAAGCGUACCCUACCUGGGCUCAGACCUACAUGGAUCCAUGAAAAGUCAUUCACUGUCGACAGCUUCCUUGAUGAAUGAAUGACCGUUACAAUGGUUCCCGAAAAGGGGACACGGCCUUGCUGUUUCAAACAUACGGAAAC